ACAACACCUUACCUUGGAUGUCUCAGUCUGGACUGAAUCCGCGCCAUCCUGCCUGACAGGGGGCAAAGUUCAUCUUUGAAACCAGGCACACGAGUUACAAGAAACCAAAUGAUAUUUUAUGACCAGACGAUAUUGCUUCCUUUUCUUCUAGCGUAAAACUGUCAUAUAAACUACCAUCGGUUACGCGUUUGCCUUGGUCGAUUUACUGAACACGAAGCUCCGCCACCGCGCCGCGUCAAGGCCCAGGUUUUGGCCUCGCAAGCCAGUCCGCCGCCAACUCUCUCUCCUACCUAACUGAAGUGUUCACAAGCAAGACAAGCACCCAACACUCCGCCAUCAUGGCGGCUCCCAAGUUCAAUUCCAAGUCUCCCACUAUACGACGCAUCCUCCGUGAAGCCCAGGAGCUUUCAACCUCGCCAUCCCCAGACUACACAGCGACGCCGAUAGAGUCGGACCUCUUCGAGUGGCACUUUACGCUCAAGGGCCCGCCGGACUCGGUCUACGCCGAGGGCGUCUACCACGGCCGCAUAGUGCUCCCACCGACGUACCCGCUCCGCCCCCCUUCUUUCCGCUUCGUCACCCCAUCGGGCCGCUUCGAGGCCAAUCGCGAGAUCUGCCUGUCCAUCUCGGGCCACCACGAGGAGACGUGGCAGCCCGCCUGGGGCGUCCGCACAGCCCUCGUCGCCCUCCGCUCCUUCAUGGAGACGGACCCCAAGGGCCAGUUGGGCGGGCUCGAGACCACAGACGCGGUGCGGAGGCGGCUCGCGACAGAGUCGAGGACUUUCAGAUGUGCCAUCUGCGCCAAGUCCAAUGCUGAUAUCAUCGCCGAGGCGGAGGCCGCGUCCAAGGACGUCGAGGGCCAGGCCGCUGAUGUGGUGGUGCCGGACGAGCUGAAGAUGGGCUGGCGGGACGAGAUGGCCCAGGCUGGUGGCAGUGCCGGUGAUGGCGGUGAUGUUGCGUCUGCAUCAGCUCCUGCCGCGACGACAGGUCAUGAUUCUGAGACUGCCGCGCUGGCCGAAGGUUUCGUGCCGACUCCCGCACCCGCACCCGCACCCGCACCCGCACCCGCACCACCUCAGCCUACGAGGACGAUACCCCUUCCUGAAGUGCAGCAGCACCAGCAAAUAGCGCAACUGGUUCAGUACUCCGAUGAUGGCGUCCUUGCCUGGCUGGACAGGGCCAUCUUUAUCGUGGGUGUUCUUUUGCUGGCCAUGUUUCUCAAGGUGCUUGUGGCUUGAGCACCGUGUGUGUCACCCGUAUGAGCUUUCCUUUUUGUUCCCUCACUUCUCAACCUUUUCGAUUAUCUCACUUGUGUACAAAAAUACCCCCCGUAGAUGAGUGAGCAGGUAAAAGGCAUGCUGUUCGUCAUUGGCUUAGAAAUCAUGGCGUUUCGGGAGUUUCUCUGAUGGUUAUUGUAGUCAGUCAGCGUUUUUAAAGCAGAUCAAAUUUUGAUUGUACCAAGAUGGUCAUAUGUUGCGCGUGGGCAAACAAUACCAGUACACCUAAAAGGAAUCAAGUUUGGCCUGGGGCAUUUCUUUCGUGUGAAACUUUCAGUGAUCUCUGUCUUUCUCUCCUAGUUCUAACAUCUGACAUACACGACGCAUGUCUUCAUCCCAAGUCUAUUUCUUUACGAGCAAG